AUGAAAGACAAGAAACGCCGCCGUAUCUACAUUCACAAGCCUGAGGCCGCCUCCUUCGUUGCUUCGACAUCUACUGCAAAUCGCAUCCGCUCAGUGCUGAUCGAUGCACCAGUGACAACACCGGCGGUCGAAGUUGAUACAAGCACGCCGCCAACGGCCACCUUUGACUAUGCCCUGGGAGAGUUGAAUGACACCGCGAUGGACAACAACCAACAAACUGACAGCUCUGGGUUAGUUGUCAAGGCAAAGGCGAAGCGUUACAUCAAUUUGGAUGCGCCACUACUUACAUGGAAAACCAGAUAUCGACAGCAGUAUCUAGAUGCCACGUUACUUCUGGACGGCCGCGGAAGUUGUCCCAGUGCGCUCGAUCAUCACCUCCAGCUCCUCGAGGUCGGCUGGUGGCCCUCUUCUCCUCUGGAACCCCAAACGGCGACAACGUUCCCACUUUUACGGCUCUUCCAUAAUCUUAAUCUUCAAGGUUGCUUACCCGCCACGGACUUCUACCGAUCCCUGGAGCAACUUCAUAACGGCGGCGGCCUCGAUGAUCCACCGGGAAUCGGGCGGAAGGAUCGACUUCAACAGUUCAUGCUUACUGUUCGUGAAUGGCGCCACAUUAGAAUGGCGAAGCGAGCAGGUCGUGGCCAGGACCCUUCCGGGUUGGAUGCAACAGCGCAAGGCGCACUAUCUAUCCCUUGUCGUUCAUGCCCGCAUCCUGGAAUCAAUCUCCCCCAGGGAUGGGAGAGUGCAUCACCUGGACGUCGGUGGUUAUAUGGCCUGAUCCUCCAGGAAGAUGCCAAUUUCAAGCAGAAGAGUUGGCUUCGUUCAGCUGACAAUCGUGAUCCUGCACUUGGCCCUGGUUGGGCAACGUUCGUGGCGGGCGACACAUAUUUUGAUCAUCUAUCUAAGUACGUUGAUCCUGAAGAGAUCAACCACUGUGUUGGGUUCGCAGCCCUUUGGUCAGCCAACACGCGCCGUUCAAAGGGUCUGCGUGCCACUGGCAUCGGAUCUGUUAGCUGUGCUCGUAGUGAUAUGUUCCGAGCAAACGGUAUCGGCGACCUGCAGAAGGGGGAGCGAUACGCUAACAUGGACUACAUCUUUCUCUCAAGCAUCAUGGCGACAUCGCUCUUCUUGGUAACCAUCACCUACGACAUCGCCUGUCAAUGGUACCGGAACUUCUUCACCCGUAUGACACAGCUUCCCUCGGCUCUCCAGCUCUCCUCUCGUGUCGAUCUUCGUUUCCGUAUCCCAAAGUUUCACUUGGCAGCUCACAAAGAAAGUUGCCAUGCACCGUUCUCUCUGAAUUAUACCAAAUGGGUGGGUCGGACCAAUGGCGAAGGCGUUGAGCGUAUGUGGUCGUGGUUAAACAAAGUAUCGCAUUCUGUGUCCAUGAUGGGACAAGGUGGUUGUCAAGACACACUGGACGAUUUCUGCAACUUUUGGAACUGGCGAAAGACAGUCAACCUGGGUGAUUCUCUACUGAAGAAAAUGACAUUGGCUAUUCCUCAGGCUGCGAUCCAUCACCAAGUGUUUUGUGUGUUCACAGAUGGCCUUCACGAACAACAUUCGGAAGAGCUACUAGAAUGGGAAAACCAAGUCCGAGCCUGGGAGUUGGAUCAUGAUCAACCAUGUCCGUUCGAUCUACCACGCGAUGAUCUUACGAUGUCCGAUCUGAAAAAGGAGAUGGCGGAGGAAGAACAUCGCCGAGUACAACGUGGUGAGGCACUCCCCGGCGACACCAGUCCUAGUAACUUCAUUAUCACGGGUUUGGACAUCGAAGCAGCCCAGCAGGAGCUUCUUGUCACCGCAAGUAAACACGACCUCACGACUGUUGAAGCGACACAACUCCAAACGAGUCGUACAGCGCUACUUAAGAAAAUAAAGAAGUUUUGA